CUACUCCCUCACUUUUCAUCACUCCCCUCUGUGUCUGUUGGUGUGUUUCUCUUUUUCUUGCGAAGAAAUUCUCUGAAAUUUUUAAAUUUUUAUUAGGAGGAUCCAGAUUACAAUGGCGGAGCAAUCAGAGAAUCCGAUUGAGUCAGUCAUGGGGAAGAUUAGCGAGAAGAUUCAUCACGAAUCGUCUUCGUCGGAUUCGGAGUCCGAUUCAGAGAAGAAAUCGUAUCCUUCCGAGUCGGUUAAGGACAAGAUUUGGCGGUUGUUUGGUAGAGAAAAACCUGUUCAUCGUGUUCUCGGUGGUGGAAAGCCUGCUGAUGUGUUUUUGUGGAGGAACAAGAAGGUUUCAGCAGGUGUACUUGGUUUUGUGACAGCAAUCUGGGUCCUUUUUGAGUUGGUCGAAUACAACUUGCUUACUCUAGUGUGCCAUAUCUUGAUACUCUCUCUUGCACUCUCGUUCCUCUGGUCUAAUGCUCACGCUUUUAUCAACAAGAGUCCUCCUCGCAUCCCACAAGUUCAUCUUCCAGAGGAACCAGUCCUGCAGGUUGCUUCAGCACUGUGUGUUGAGAUUAACGGUGCAUUUGUGGUCUUGCGCAGUAUUGCCGCAGGAAAAGACUUGAAGAAGUUUCUCAUUGUUAUCGCCGGAUUGUGGGUCAUGUCAAUUGUGGGGAGUUGGUGCCAUUUCUUGACCUUGUUUUAUAUAUGCUUCGUUCUGCUACACACUGUACCCGUUCUCUAUGAGAAGUUCGAGGACAAAAUCGACCCCUUGGCAGAGAAGGCGAUGAUUGAGAUCAAAAGGCAAUAUGCGGUCUUCGAUGCUAAGGUUCUGAGCAAGAUCCCAGUGGCCGCUUUGAAAGCCAAGAAAGUUUAGAUUGGUUGCUUUUUGUGUCUGGGUAAUCAGGGGUUUGCAGGUCGUGAUUGCUUUACCCAUAAUUUGCUUGGGAUUCCUUUUGUUCUUCACCCCACAAAUUGUUUUAAACUGUUUGGGUUGCAUUUUGAAUGAAUUGUCUUUCAUGGUGUUAGUUUUGAAGAUGGGGGUUUAAUUUGCAAUCCUAUGGCACCUCUUAAUGGUGGUUUUUGAUGA